GACGCGAGGAGCCGGCGCAGGCGCACGGGGCGGUAGGUUGCAGUCCGUUUCUCCCGGAGUGCUCUGCGGCUCACGGCUCACUCUCGCCCGUUGGCUGGUGGGAAGGGAUCAAAAUGGCGGCGGCUGGCGCCGUGGCCAGUCGGCUGUUCCUGCUCUUGCUGGUGGCGGCCGCAGCUCCCAGUCGCGCGCGAGGCAGUGGUUGCAGGUCCGGGGCUGCUGUGCGAGGGGUGGGGGCGGAAGGUCGAGAGGGCGAGGGCUGUGGCACCGUUGGGCUGCUGCUGGAGCACUCAUUUGAGAUUGAUGACAGCGCCCACUUCCGGAAGCGGGGCUCCAUACUGUGGAACCAGCAGGACAACACCUUGUCCCUGUCACAGCGGCAGCUCAACGAGGAGGAGCGGGGCCGCCUGCGGGAUGUGGCAGCCAUGAAUGGCCUAUACCGGGUCCGGGUCCCGCGGCGGCCUGGGGCCCCUGAUGGCCCGGAAGCUGGUGGCUACGUCUCCUCCUUCGUCCCCGCGUGCUCCCUGGUGGAGUCGCACCUCUCGGAUCACCUCACGCUGCACGUGGACGUGGCUGGCAACGUGGUGGGCGUGUCGGUGGUGACGCACCCCGGGGGCUGCCGGGGCCACGAAGUGGAGGACGUGGACCUGGAGCUGUUCAACACCUCUGUGCAGCUGCAGCCGCCCGUCACGGCCCCAGGCCCGGAGACCGCCGCCUUCAUUGAGCGCUUGGAGAUGGAGCAGGCCCAGAAGGCCAAGAAUCCCCAGGAGCAGAAGUCCUUUUUUGCCAAAUAUUGGAUGUACAUCAUUCCAGUCGUCCUCUUCCUCAUGAUGUCCGGAACGCCAGAUGCCGGAGGCCAGGGGGGUGGCGGCAGUGGAGGUGGUGGCGGGGGCAGUGGCCGGUGAGGGACUCGGGGCCAGUCAGUGCCCGUCUGUCUCUUUCCCCAGGGGACUGCUUUCCUGCCCAGAGUGCCCAUGUCCUUGUCACCCCAAAAGGGACUCGCUGGUACUCCCCAAGAGUCCCUUCCCUGUGGGCCUUGGUGUUCCUGUCAGGGGUGGGGUGGCUGCCCCUCCCCUGCGGCCCUACCAUAGUCCCCAGGGCCUCCCUUCGCCCACAGGCUGGGGCCCAUGCCCCUGGGCCCUUCCGAUCUGGUGGCUGACACCCCCAUACCCCCAUGCCCUGCAGUCUGGGAAUGUGCCCGUGCUCUCCAGCCCCCGUGCCUUUGUGGACGGCCCUCCUCCUCUGCCACGCCCCUGUCGCUCUGCCCUCGUGGCACGGAGCGGGCCUGUGCAGCCAGGCUGGCCCUGCCCCGGGCCCUGCUCUGCCCUUUUUCUGCCCAGGAUGCCAGACCCUGCAUAGGCUUCUGGGCUCGCGGAAGCGAUGUUUAAAACCAGCACAAAGUGAACUAGCCGCAGGGAGUGGAGCGCAGGGCCCGGGGUGUCGGUGGAGUCCCACCCAGCCUGAGCCGUCCUCCCUGGGACACUGGCACUAGGUGAGGCGCCCUGGCCUUUGCUGUUUAUUCCCCGCACUUGUCUGUUUAAAGAACAUUGACGAGAAUGGGUUAAAAUUCGUAGUUUCAACGACUCACACCUUUUGGCAGCCAAAGGCACCUGUUGCUCCUCCUGACGUACGUGCGCACGUAGGUGUCGUUGGGUUCCGGGUUUCUCGCGAUGGGUUUACAUAGAAACCUGGAAACGCGGCCUUUGAUGUUGUGGCCGAGGGAUGCUGCCCCAUGUCAUGUGGCCGCGUAUUAUGCUGUUCCCAGCAUGUCUACCACUUAUGGUAGCCCGCUGCCUGCUGCCUGUGGUUAUAAAUAGGCCCACCGUGAGCCAGCCCAUUCGCUGUGAAUCUGAAUUGCUUCCUGGGACAUGUGACCAGCAGUGGGGUCCCUGGGGAAGUUCAGGAGCAUUUGUGUGAGCAGGUGAUGCAGCAUGGGGUAUGGUGGGAAGUUGUUCCCCUCCUCACUUCUAUCCGUUUAUUUCCCCCUGGAGUGUGUGUGUGGAGCACAAGCCAGCAGGGCCGCUGUUAAUCCCCCAACUCUGACACUAAAGUAGAGAAUGCUGCACGCUUUCAGGCAACUGACUUCGCUCCAGCUGCCCAGAGUGUCCUGGUCCUCCUCAAACACACCCCCCUCCCUGCCCCCAGGCCCCUGGGCUCAGUCAGUCAGGAGUAGCUGAGCUCAAACCCGGUACUAGAGCAGCGGCCUGGGCGGAAGGCCCUUGCACACUGCUUCCGUGUUCCCAAAUUGCCUUUACUGGGCAAACUUUGACCCCAUUCCCCCCAUCUCGUGUCUCUCUUGAGGAGGCAGGGCCCUGGCUGGUGUGGCUCUGGGUGGAGCCCCUGCCUGUGAACCCAGGGGCGGAUGGUCAGGGCUCAGGCCUGGGUUGUGGGCUGGGUCCCCAGCCGGGGGCAUGCAAGGGGCAGCGGAUCGAUGUUUCUCUCCCUCUACUUCUCCCUGCCUUCCCCUCUCUCUAAAAAGUAAGUAAAAUAAAACCUUUACUUAAAAAAAAAACAAAAAACGGACGAGGUGUGGAGCCUGGCUGCACUGGGGCUAUCUCACCAGUUUUUUUGCAGCUUUGUAGGUAAAACAACCGUGUCCUGGCUGUGACGCGCGCCGGCAGGAGACCAAGUGCGUUUCUCCUGUCUGCUCCACGGGAAUUCUGUAGCUUUUUCCCAGAUGACCCCCCUCCCCAGCAAUGCUGUCUCGGACAGUGUUUCUGACUCCAAGUUCUUAACCCUUUGUGUGACUUGUGGUCCCAGUCUCCCCACCACCCAGGCAUUCUCCCCGCCAUUUUGUUAGUGUUUAAUUGGUUGCAAUUAAGAUCUUUAUCUGCUGAC